GUAAAAAGAACCGAUCGCAACCAACUGUGGACCGCGCCAGCAAAAGCGGCUUUUAUUUUUGCCACAGGAGCAAAUAGCGAGCGUGGAGCGCAGGGAAUCAGCCAGCAGCCCGAGAUGAACGGGAGCGUCUCCCCAGCACGCUCCUGACUCGGAAAAAGCAAAUACCACCCAAGGACAAAGUGGUCCCAUGGAGGUGACCGAGGGAAAGGCUGGGAAGCUCCUGAUUUCACACCGGCGUGGGGAAGGGUCCGCAGGGUCGAGCCGGAGAAAGAGCCACACGCCUGCUUCCGCGCAGCCCCAGCGUUUCGGAAAGUAAAUGUUGCCCAGGCAGGCGAGGGGCUGCCCGUCCGUGGGCUCAGCACAACAGCGGGAUCGCCCCAGCCCCGCUUUCCUGCCCGACUCCUGCAGUUUUCCCUCCGAGGAGCAGGUGAGAGGGAGGAAUUUUGCCAAGUGACAGCGAAGGGACCGAGCCUGCGCCAAGCAUCCUGCCCUCGCGGGGAUGGCCACCAUGCCCCGGAGGAGCCCAGGCAGUGCGGAUGGGAAGGGGGGUUUUCAUCAAGGUGGGGAUAAGAAGGAGCUUCGUGGCAUAAAGUUUGGAGAGAGAAAGCUCAGCUUUCUCGGGCUGACUUUCUUCAGAGGGUCCUCACACCCGCUUCCUUCUGGCUGCUCGUUUCUGAAUAAUUACUGAACACUGGUGCUUCGCCUCUAUUUAAAAAACACAAAGUAAUUAAAACUGCCUGGGAACUGCGAGAGCAAUGAGAAAUAUUUGGAGACAUCAAGAGACAAGAUAUAUGGAAGCCUCCUGCUCAUAGAGAGGCUGUUUUCCCAAAGGUGGAAACUACAGAAGUAUGUAGAUGAGAGGGAAAAUCUCCCUGUCAGAUCCCAUUGAAAUCUCCAUUUUGGGCUCUGCUGCUCCACUGCUGCUAAGAUUGCGUCAACGGGCUCCGGAGGGAGCCUGCAGCCGGCGCUCUUCCGAUGGGAGCGUAGGAUUUACAACAUGGGGCCCAAGAGAGACAAGGAGCACGGCAAUGGGGAAGGAAAGCAGAAGGUACCAGCACCCCUCCCACCUUCAGAGCUGGUCCUUCCAUCGUCCCACUGCAGCGAGCAAAGCCAACACUGGGCAACCCUCUAAAAUGUUUAUUUGGACCAGUGGCCGGAGCUCUACAUCUUACAGACACGAUGAGAAAAGAAAUAUUUACCAAAAAAUCAGGGAUCACGACCUCCUGGACAAAAGGAAAACAGUCACAGCCCUAAAAGCUGGAGAAGACCGGGCCAUACUCCUCGGGCUGGCCAUGAUGGUGUGCUCUAUCAUGAUGUACUUCCUCCUGGGAAUCACCCUGCUGCGGUCUUACAUGCAAAGUGUCUGGACGGAAGAGGCUCAGUGCUCGCUCCUCAAUGCAUCCAUCACAGAAACCUUCAACUGCUCAUUUAGCUGCGGUCCAGACUGCUGGAAAAUCUCUCAGUACCCCUGCCUCCAGGUGUACGUUAAUCUCACCUCUUCUGGCCAGAAGCUUCUCCUCUACCACACCGAGGAAACAAUGAAAAUUAAUUCUGAGUGUUCAUACAUCCCCAAGUGCGGCAAGAAUUACGAGGAAUCCAUGUCGCUGGUGAGCGUCGUGAUGGAAAACUUCAGGAAGUACCAACGCUUCUCCUGCUUCUAUGACCCCGAAGGUGUUCAGAAGAACGUGAUAUUAACCAAACUGUACAGCUCCAACGUGCUGUUCCACUCCCUCUUCUGGCCCACCUGCAUGAUGAUCGGCGGGGUCGCCAUCGUCGCGAUGGUAAAGCUGACUCAGUACCUUUCCCUCCUCUGCGAGAGAAUCCAAAGGAUCAACAGAUAAAAACGAAAACUUCUCUGAGAUCAAAUUUCAGCUAAAAUACUGUUUUCUCAUUCUUCACCAAAGAACCUUAAGUUUGUAAUGUGCGAGUCUGUUAUAAGUUCCUUACUAUAUUCUUAUAAGUAGAGCAAUAAUGCAAAAGCUGUUCUAUAUGCAAACAUGAUGUUAUUAUUAUGCAGACAACUGAGAAGAAUAACAUUUUGUGUUGACCGUCUAUAUGAUCUUGUUUUAUGCUGAGACUAGUACUUCUUUCUUUUCUACAGCCAAAAUAGGGCUCAGUGUGACCAUUUGCCAAGCUUAAUCAAUUGACCUUUUCAAUGUAAAGGAUUCUGGGGAAAAUUCACCCCCGGGCCAAGGGCAGCCAACCACUUGCGCAUCACUGAGGUCUCGCGUCUGGCCUGGUCCAUUCAAGGGAUUUGUGGCUUUGCUUUUUUUACUAUUGGCUGCACGGGGAAAAAAAGCAUUGACAGAGGGUUGUUUGUGGUAAGGUGGCACAAAAGGGGUGUCUUUUGAGGCCAGGGUGAGCAUACAGUAUUCUCAGCCUAAGAAGGACUUGGUGAUGCCUUGUGUUUGCUCCCCUGGUUCAGAAGUGAAUUCUACCCUAUGGUGUUUAAAGUCUUUUGAAAAACACUUUGGAGUUUUGUUUUAUUUAGUGCUAUAAUUUCCUUCUGUCUUAUCGACAUCAUCUUUGUCACUUGGGGAAGCUGUAGCCAAAAACCAAAAACCACCUAGUUCCAUUUUCUAUUCUAGUCUGAGCCCUGUUGGUGGAGAUGGGACCAGAACACCUUAUGUAAAGGUUUAUUACUCAUUUGUCUUGUAUUUGCUACCAUAUCACUGUAAAGAAAAAAAUAACACAAUCAGCUAUUUUUUCAUUUUUUACUUCCAACUAUUUUAGAUUUUUUUACUUGAUAUAUAUACAGAUAUAUAUAAAAAGAAAAAGCUAUAUUAUAUCUAGUUGUGUAUUGGAACUUGAUUAUGGGGGUUUUUUUUCUUUGUUUUUACCAACUGGAAAGUGAACAGUAUAACUCAUGUAUUUAUAACCUUCAUCCUUGGAUAAUAUCCUAACACGGAGGAGCAGCACUGCAGGAUCUUAUCCAAUAUUCAUGAUGUUGUUUCAGUCAAAAGGUCUCUGUUGCUGUGACAUCGGAAUUGACAAAAAGCUCAUCUAAUUCUACGGCUCUAUUAACCGAAUUGUUAGGUAAUCAUCAUAAUUCGUCUGGAAAUCUCUCCUGACCUUAACUCGCUAUGCAGUGCCGGCUGACUUGAAUUAUGAUUUAAAAGGCCCAGGUGCCAUGAUUUAUUGGAAAAACUGAGCUUAUGACUAAGAUGUUGUCCUAUCCGUCAAAUAUUUACCGCGGGGAUCUCGCCAGUGUAAUUCCAUGCACAUGACAGUCACGAUUUCUGCAUAAUUUAUCUUUAUUCCCCCGUAGAAAGCAUCCCUUCUUCUGUCAUGUUUUGAAGACACCCCUCGCAGUUUCUCCCUUAGCACUCCGCCUGAAGGACAAGCGCGAGGCAGCUCCUGUGGGCACCCUGUGAACUCACUAUCCAACAGCUCAAAGAAACCAUUUACAGGCCUCUUCAAACCAAGAAACUAACUUUUUCUCCCCUUAAAAAGACUGCAAAGCAAAUAUUCUGCCUAGUUCAUCUAUAUAUGAGUACCUUUCUGCAACGUAGCAUUAAAAAUUUCAGGAUGUUACAAAACUUUACAAGUCAUGCAAGUGUAACGUGAGCUGUUAAAAAAAAAAAAAAAAAAAAGAGUUCUCAGCAGUGAAAAUGAACCUGCAAUCUUGUAAUCAGUCGUAUAAUUUUCCUUCGGUAAAUAAAUUCCUGGAGGGCGGGGGUAUAAUCAGGGCUUCAAUAAUAUGUAAUAAAAAUAUUAAAUUAAAUCUUCCAGAUUUCAAUAUCUUCUGCCUUCAGAUCUGGCUUGAUUCAUCAAACUUUUCUUUGUAGCUUCUGUUACGAAGAAACAAGGAUGCAACGGGGAAUUCAUAAGGGUUUAUUUGCAGACAUGUCGUUCUGAUCAAUCCGUGGGGGUCACAGAAACCAUCAUCAGUGGAUCCGGGCACCUUCGGCGUCCGCGGGACUGGAGUCGGUGGGACUUUGGCAUCAGUGGGACUGGUGGUGACAGCAACCUCUAUUCGACCACCCGUCCGCCAGCAGAAAGCGUGACACCCAGGAUGGUGCCAGCCUGGAUGGGGGGACAGAGAUGGGGGACGCCAGCCCCGCUGCACGGGUACCACCCUGCAGGCACAUGGGGAUUCCUCACCUGGUGCCUGUGAAUCGAGGGGCUCCAGGCACUCAUCGUUGUCACGAAACCUUAUUCUGCAGGUUUUGCCACGAAGGGAGGUAUCUAGCUGAGGCCCCCAGAGCCGCACAGCCACAGAGGCAUCUUCACCCAUUUCCAGACAGCCCAGGUGGCUCCCAGGGGCCAUCUUCAUCCUUACCAAAGUUGGUUUUCAUUCCAGCGGAGAGCUUUGAUCCAUGGCCAGUGUUGCCGUCCUCAUGGACGCCCUUCAUCCACCUCCCCGCCAUCAGCUCAGUCACUGAUGCCGAAGGAAGGACCAUGCUGCCGACAGCGAUUCACAAAUCAGAAACGGCGCAUGGCAUCACUAGCCAAGAGUCGCGGUGGCUUUUCCACACCGCUCCUGACACUGGGGUUGGCCAUGUACACAGCAAUUCACAUGGCCUGUGAUAAAGUCACUCUUUGGUUGUGCAUGUGACAUUUUCAGCGCCUGUAUUUGCGCGUUUUCGUGCUGGUGACGGGAAAGCUCAUUGUUCCUGACAUUUACACAUCAAACGCUGCUUUCAACAUGUUGCGCCAUAAACAUUUCACCGGCGCUCCGGUGGGUGAAACGUCUUGAGGCUGUUGCAGUCUAUAAUCAUUUUGUUGACAUUAACGGAAAGAUCCGCGGGAUAGCAAAACAACUUGAGCAAUUGGAUGGAGCGAGGUAAAACAAUAAUUUUGAAGGGAAUUAUCCGUGUGAUCACCGGCAGGUUAACUCCCUACCAAAGUGUUAGCAUUGCAAACACGAUUUUGACGACAACUGCUGCCCCGGGGAGAGGUUGUGUUUCAGAGGGGGAUAUUACCCGGUGCUCUUUCUUUCUCUGCUUCCAUUUUAAUAGCACGUUUAUCCCCUGAUGUUCCUAUCGGCAGCUUAAAUGAACGAGAAAUACACGGUAGGGAAAAUCCAGUGAUCAGGCAAAUCCAUCAUGUUUCUGAGAAGGAUUUUCUCUUCCUACCACAACUAUUUCACCUCUUGAUGUCCCAGCUGGGCUCUCGGGACAGCAGCGAGCAGCCAGUGCUCCGAACCCCCCUGAACGGAAAAGGGCAACAUGAAAACGGCGGCACCGUGUUCGAAGGCAUUAUGAGGCUGUGAGAGGCAUCCCCGUGGGAUUUAAAACAUGCAGAGGUAUUCCAGGUGCCAAAUUCACACUGCCUUUAAAAAGUCAUUAUUUUCUUAAUUAGAUUAUUUAUGUUAGGUCUUAUUUCUAUUCUGGCACAUCUGAAUCUGAUGUGUGAACAUCCCUGCUGUAAUACUCUGAAACUUGGCACCUUGCAGCAGACUUACUAAAUGUCACCAGCUAGGACAACAGAGAGCUUAUUUUCGUUAGCUUUCCUAAUUGAGGAGACAUCACUUUAUCCCACAAGAGGUACCCAGCGUGGAAGCCUACGCAACUCCAGUGCGAGUUCGGGGUGAAAAGAGAAGGGAGAGAGGGAACUACAAGGGCCUGCACAUCUCGAGAAGAUACAAGUGCAGUGAUUUCAAACCUGAGGGACAAGAAGGGAACGGGGUCCCAAGGCAAGGCUGGGGGGGGUGCUGCUGGCUUCACAUCAUCUCCAUCCUCCUCACCAGCCACAGAAGAGUUGAACGGAUGAAGGUGCUGAGAAAGGACCUGCUGCUGCAAGCCUGGUCCAAGCGGACUUUCCUGUUUGACUAUGAAAGCCGUGACCCCACAGCAACACAACUCUAGAGGGAACGGCAAUUUCAGGGUAACAGCACCUUAAAAAUUGCUCAGCAAAUUUCCCUUCUCAUGCAGUCGUGCCCUUAUUACAAUACCCACAGCCCCUCAAGUGGAUUGGGCCAGUAUCUGCAGCACCACGACUUCCCGCGCAGACUCAGAGCCUGAGAAGGGUGGCAUCAGCUCUCCAGCAGCCGCUGCGCUGCUCCUCGUCCAUCAAAGAUUUGGGAAAAAAAACCUCACUUUUCUGCUCCACUGAACACUUGUCACUUCCCAGCCCUCCGUUUUUCAGAAGGCAGCCGGCACAGUCCGCGGCGUACCCAAACGUCUCUCAACCGUUUAUACAAACUUUGCCAAAUUGUUUCUGUUGUGCGGGAAAAAGUGAAAAGCAGGGGCAAAUAUAAAUUACUUUGUUUCAGUGUUUUGAAAACAAGAUGUUUCCAUUCUUCAGU